GAUCUUUCACCUAAAAAUAAUGAAAAUUUAUUUAGCAAUCCAUUAUUAUUAGAUGAUAGUGAUAUUUUUAAAGCAUUAGAAGGUGAUAUGCCAUUAAAAGAGAAGGAUGAUAAGAUAAAUUUAUAUUUGUAA